GUUUUGGAAAGUUAAUCUAAAAAAAUAAGAAUUUAGCCACCAAUCAAAAUUAUGAAUCAUGGAAAAUUUUGAUGAUUCUGACACUAUCCCCGACCUUGUUGUUAUUGUGGACGAUGCGCAGUUGAUAGAUUCAUCUAUUUCUGAUAGUGCUAAUGUCCAAACCGUGCCUGUAACUAUCGUUACUGGUUUUUUGGGAGCCGGCAAAACCACCUUUCUCAAUUUUGUGUUGACUGAACAGCAUGAAAAAAGAAUUGCUGUUAUUCUGAAUGAGUUUGGUGAAGGCAGUGUCCUAGAAAAAAGCCUGGCAGUAGGGACGCAAGGAGAUUUAUAUGAAGAAUGGCUAGAACUACGUAAUGGUUGUCUUUGCUGCUCAGUUAAAGAUAAUGGAGUGAAAGCAAUAGAAAACCUGAUGAAGAAAAAGGGUAGGUUUGACUACAUUCUUUUGGAGACUACUGGCUUGGCUGAUCCUGGACCAAUUGCUUCACUUUUUUGGCUGGACAGUGAGCUCUGCAGUGAUAUUCAUCUAGACGGCAUAAUAACGUUGGUCGACGCCAAACACGGAUUAAGGCAAAUUAAUGAGAAGAAACCAGAUGGUUCAGUCAACGAAGCCAUAAGACAAAUCGCGCUGGCCGACGUUAUUGUGAUAAAUAAAGAAGACCUCGUCACAAAAGAGGACCUUUUAGAAUUGAAAAAUCACGUUCAGGCUAUUAAUAGCGAAGCAACUUUCGUUACCACUCAACACGGCAGGGUCAAUCUGGAAGCUGUACUGGAUCUAGGGCUCUAUUACCAAACGACCAACCGCAGGCCUUUUGAAAAUACCCCGGCAAAAUUUUCUAGUCCGUCAAACAGUCAUCUGGAUUUGUCUGUACGUAGCGUGACGCUCGAAUUGAAUGAACGGCUCACCCCAGAGAUUGUAGACGCCUACUUACAACGUCUUUUGUGGGAAAAAGAUGUAGUUAAUUCGGAAGGAUUGACGCUUGAAAUAUUCCGUUUAAAGGGUAUCGUACGGUAUUCACAGCCGGAAUCAGAAUCCUCAUCCGUUGUCAUCAUUCAAGCCGUUUACGACACAUACGACGUAAUGCCAAUCAAACCAGAAGCGUCCGAAGCAGGAAAUCUGAGCUUAGAACCCGAUGCCCGCUUUGUUUUUAUCGGUCGCAAUUUAGAACUGCUUACCCUGAGAAACGUCUUGUUGCAGCUCCUUCAUCCUGAUUAACAGCAUGGCUAAUGGUAUCAGUCAGACUUUCCCCACGCACUUUCAAUAAAAACCGAAAGUUUGAAUUCCAAGAAUGAAACGUUUAGCUUA